AUGGUCGCUGUGGGUCCUCAACCCAGGCCAUUCUAUGAUUCUGUGAAAAGUAAGAGCUACUUUGAUCACAGUUUUCUCCUUGUGUUUGGUUGCUUGAUUUUGUCCGUGUUUUCCACUAUUCCUGAACACACAAAACUUGCCUCUGGUUGUCUCUUCAUUUUGGAAUUUGUCAUGAUUGUUGUCUUUGGUUUGGAAUUUAUUAUUCGUAUCUGGUCUGCUGGAUGCUGUUGUCGAUACCGAGGAUGGCAAGGAAGACUGCGCUUUGCAAGGAAACCGUUCUGUGUAAUAGACAUCAUUGUUCUCAUCGCUUCAAUAGCAGUUGUUUCUGCAAAAACUCAGGGUAACAUUUUUGCAACAUCAGCACUGAGAAGUCUUCGUUUCCUACAGAUCCUUCGUAUGGUGCGCAUGGACCGAAGAGGAGGCACUUGGAAAUUGUUAGGUUCAGUAGUUUAUGCACAUAGCAAGGAAUUAAUCACAGCCUGGUACAUAGGAUUUUUGGUACUCAUCUUUUCAUCUUUCCUGGUUUAUCUGGUGGAAAAAGAUGCAAAUAAUCAGUUCUCCACAUAUGCAGAUGCUCUCUGGUGGGGCACAAUCACAUUGACAACCAUUGGCUAUGGAGACAAAACUCCUCUUACUUGGCUUGGAAGGCUGCUUUCUGCAGGAUUUGCUCUACUUGGCAUUUCUUUCUUUGCACUACCUGCUGGCAUCCUUGGCUCAGGAUUUGCAUUAAAGGUGCAGGAACAGCAUCGCCAGAAACACUUUGAGAAAAGAAGGAAUCCAGCUGCCAGUCUAAUUCAGUGUGUAUGGCGUAGUUAUGCGGCUGAUGAGAAAUCGGUUUCCAUUGCUACCUGGAAGCCUCAUUUGAAGGCCUUGCAUACCUGCAGCCCUACAAAAAAAGAACAAGGGGAAGCUUCUAGCAGUCAAAAGUUAAGUUUCAAGGAGCGGGUCCGGAUGGCCAGCCCACGGGGUCAGAGCAUAAAGAACAGGCAGUCAUCAGUCGGAGAUCGCCGGUCCCCGAGUGCCGACAUUGCCACUGACGGCAGCCCCACCAAGGUCCAGAAGAGCUGGAGCUUCAACGACCGCACCCGCUUCAGGCCAUCGCUGCGGCUGAAGAGCUCCCAGCCCAAACCUGUGGUUGAUGCUGACACCAAUCUUGGAACAGAUGAUGUUUAUGAUGAUAAAGGGUGCCAGUGUGAUGUGUCAGUAGAAGAUCUCACUCCUGCUCUUAAAACUGUCAUCAGAGCAAUAAGAAUUAUGAAAUUUCACGUUGCAAAGAGAAAGUUUAAGGAAACACUUCGUCCAUAUGAUGUCAAAGAUGUCAUUGAACAGUAUUCAGCAGGUCAUCUAGACAUGUUGUGCAGGAUCAAGAGUCUUCAGUCACGUGUUGACCAAAUUCUUGGGAAAGGACAAAUCACUGCAGAUAAAAGAAGUAGAGAAAAGAAUACAGCAGAGAACGAGACAACUGAUGACCUCAGUAUGUUAGGGCGUGUAGUCAAGGUGGAGAAACAGGUACAAUCCAUUGAGUCAAAACUGGACUGCCUGUUAGAUAUUUAUCAACAAGUUUUGCGGAAAGGAUCUGCAUCAGCGCUCACUUUGGCUUCAUUUCAAAUGCCACCUUUCGAAUGUGAGCAGACUUCUGAUUAUCAAAGUCCAUCCGAUAGCAAAGAUUUGUCAAGCUCUGCACAAAUUAGUGGAUGUGUAUCCAGAUCAGCUAGUGCCAAUCUGCCUCGUGGCCUACAGCUAAUACUGACACCAAAUGAAUUUAGCACUCAGGCUUACUAUGCUAUUAGUCCAGCUAUGCAUAGUCAAGCAACGCAAGUGCCAAAUGAUGGACAUGCAACAGUUAACAACACAUCAAACCAAAUAAACCAGGCAACUAAGCCAGCAACUCCAACAACACUGCAAAUACCACCUUUCUCAUCAGUGAAGCAUAUCAGUAGGCCUGAGCCCGUUCACAUUAUUCCUGUGACCACACAGGAAAAUAUUUCUGAUGUCACCGCUUGCCUUGUUGCAUCAAAGGAUAACGGACAAGUCGCUCAGCCCAGCGCAACCAAGGAUCUCACGUGGAGAAAAGGACUGGAUACAGAAGGGGAACCUUUGCUCUCAGUUAAACCUGUGGUGCAAAUGGAUUUAGGAAAAUCUUUAUCUAUACAAAACCUUAUACAAUCAACAGAAGAACUGAAUGUACAGAUUACUGGCAGUGACUCCAGUGGUUCAAGAGGUAGCCAAGAUGUAUACUCCAAAUGGAGGGAGUCAAAAUUAUUUAUAACUGAUGAAGAAUUGGAGACAGAGGCAGGAACAGAGACUACUGAAGCCAUCUCUCGCCCACUAGUGGAAACAACUCUCUCCACUGACUCUCUAAGGACUGGAAUAUCAAGAUCAUCUCAAAGCAUUUGCAAGCCAGGGGACGGUACAGAAGCACUCAGUCUGCUCCAUGUCAAACUUAAAUAACAGCUUGUAGGCUUUCUUCAUUGGCUGAGUCAUUCCUCUAGUCAUACAUAUCAUAGCAUGAACUAUUUUGAAAGCCUUUUUAAUGAGAUAAAAUCACAAAAACAGGAUGAAUCUGAAAAGCAGUUGAAUGAGCCCAUAUCUUCUAGUUGCAUGAAAAUGCAUGUUCAAGUGAUGGCUAAAAUUCAGAUUUAUACCUACAGUAUGGCAGCCUUUCAUGUAGUACAGUAGGUUUAAAUAAUGAAUUGCCUACAAAGCUAAUGCUGCAGGAUGUAUCAAAAAGCAAAAAAUUGAGCAUUUAGACCUAGUGCCGUUUCCACAGGGCGAAAAUAAAAAUUGUAAGAUUUAAAGCACUUUGCUUCUGAACUAAUUAAAUAUAUAUAUAUAUGUCCUGAUUUAGAUGAUAGUUUAUGUUUACAACAAAGAAUUAUCUACAGCUGCUAGCAAGGUACCAAGGAAAUCAGAUAUACGGGAUUAGAAAUGGCUGCCAGUUGCAAGAUACACACAUUAGCUCAUCAGUAAUCAAUUCUUUUUAACUCUGAAAAGCACUAUGUUAAUAUAUCCAUCUGAUUUUUGAUGAUUUAGUGUUGCGGCAAAGUACCCGACACACCACUACUAUCACAUUGUUCUUUACAAUGAGAAUGUUUUAUUGUUAUGAAAGGUUUGUAUUCUAAGCGUCAGGGCUGGCCUCAGAAAUGGAUAAUUUGGGUGACUGCACUAAGAAUGCAAGGGAAUCUCUCCUUUUUCCAGACUCACUGAGGGACUGUAUUGUGCAUCUUCUUGGCAGCAGUAUGUGAGGCAGAGAUGCAGGCACUGCUGUCGUUGAAGAAGCAGUAUUUCAUUCAUUUGAAAAUCUGACAGUCUUCAUUGCGGUCACAACCUGAUGCCAUGACAGUCGUUCGUGAGGCUGGGGAGUGAGGGAAAAAGAGGAACUGAAAUGCAGAGUGAAACUAAAGAUGACAAAACAAGUAAAGAGAGAAAAAUACAUAUUUUUUAAAUUCCAUCCUUUCAGACGCAGAUAGUGAGUGCUAUUUCCAGAAAAGCCAUUGGAGGCAACCAGAAAUGGAAAUGGAAAUAGGAAGACAACCUUAACAGAAAAAAUUGAAGGCAGUUGUUUUGUUUGUUUUUUUUCGUUGCUGUUGUUAU